CAGGGAGGCCGUGCUGUGAACGUUCGAAAGGAUCCCUCACAAGCCCCCACAACUAUUGGGAUUUUUUCGAUAUUUUCGUUUUGGAGUCAACAUAUUCCCCAUCUCGUUGCAAUAGGAUGCCAAAUUCGUCAGUGAUCAGCAGGGUGAACGCGGGUUUGGCCCGCUGUUUGAGCCACCAUCGGCGUUUGUGUCGCGGCAUUGCCGAGCUGGACCGUCUCAUCCACAACGAUGGCUUUCUGAAGGAUCCCCGCACUCAGUGGCUGCUCCACCAACGACGUCAAACGGAGGAGGAGCAGGCCAAUGCCGAUGCCAGGUUCAGUCCUUUGGGCAGAAUGGGCUGUGAAGUGGGUCGUUUGCUUGGUGCGUCCAAGAUAAAGCUGCCCCCGCCAUCCGGCAAGAAUAAUCUCGUCGUGACCCGCACCUUCUGCCAAAUCCUUCAAGUCGAGAACACCACACCCAGAAAGCAGACAGGACCCAUGCCAGCUCCAACUCCACUGCCAUCGCCAGAAAGAAGACACAGUUUCAUGUUCAGUGGCAGAAUGCCUAGUCCUGAGACGAAAGAAUCCUGCUCCAAAGGCUGCAGCCAAAGUGGUUAGGAAUGAGAUGCCGAGGAGAUGCGCUACCAAGUCUGGCAGAGAUCUAUGAUAUGUAUAGAUCUGUGCAAGGCUUGAGAGAGUUAUCUUUAGGAGGAUGUCUCUGUGGAAAUCGCCCAGCAACGACUGAAUUUAUAUCCCACACAACUGGAGCAACUGAAGCAGCAGGAGGAUGCGGAGUGUGGAUUGGGGAGUGUGGAGUACAAGGAGAAGGAGGUGAAGGAGGAGGAGGAGGUGUUGCCCCGUCCGUCGUUCAGUAUCCGUGCUGCUCUCGUUAUUGUUAUGAAUAAGUUAAUAACAUGGCGGAAGGCUUCUUUUGUCGUGGCCCAAACAAGCAA